AUCGAAAUUCGGGCGAAAGAAAAACAGAAAACGAAUUCCCCCAAAUCGCUUCCGUUACGAAUCCCCCCCAAAUCAAUCAAUCCUCCCCGCCGGAUCGAUCGCCGCCAUGUCGUCGACGGAGCAGCGCUACUACUGCCACCAGUGCGACCGCGACGUCGCCAUCGCCGCCCCGGCCUCGCCCGACGACGAGGUCUUCUGCCCGCUCUGCGCCGGGGGGUUCGUCGAGGAGCUCCUCGACGACGACCAGCCCCCAAACCCUAGCACCCCCCACCACCACCAGAUGCCGCAGGCCCCCUUCUUCCCCUUCUCCAGCUUCCUCGACCUCCGCAACCCCAGCGACCUCGCCGGGGUCCUCGGCCCGCCAUCCCCAUCCGCGCCCCGCGCCGCCUCCGCCGCCACCAACAACAACCAGUUCGACGUCACCGACUUCCUCCACGGCCACCUCGGCGGCCUCCUCUCCGGCGGGGCCACCAUCCAGAUCGUCCUCGAGGGCUCCUCCUUCCCCGCCGGAUUCGCCUCCUUCCCCGCCGCCGCCGGGGUCAGCCUCGGCGACUACUUCAUGGGCUCAGGCCUCGAGCAGCUCAUCCAGCAGCUCGCCGAGAACGACCCCAGCCGCUACGGCACCCCGCCCGCCGCCAAGGCCGCCGUCGCCGCCCUGCCCGACGUUGCCGUCUCCGCAGACAUGAUGGCCGCCGACGGGGGCGCCCAGUGCGCCGUCUGUAUGGACGACUUCCUGCUAGGUGCCGCCGCCAAGCAGCUCCCCUGCAACCACGUCUUCCACAAGGACUGCAUCCUGCCAUGGCUCGACCUCCACAGCUCAUGCCCCGUCUGCCGCCAUGAGAUGCCCACCGAUGACCCUGACUAUGACAACCACCAGCGCCAGGCAGCUGCCGCUGCCCCUGCCCCUGCCGCCGCGGCGCCUGCGUCUCCCGGUGGCGGCCCUUCGCCCAGGGUCAUGGAGAGGAGGUUCAGGAUCUCCCUGCCGUGGCCUCUCAGGGCCGCUUUUGCAGCGCAGCAGGCCGAGAGCAGCGACCAGGACGCUGCUGACUACAACAACGAUCCGAAUGCGAGCGGUCGCUCGUACGAUGAUCUCGACUGAAGCACUUGCAAGGAAGAGGGGAACAGGGGGUGAGGAGGUAGGGGCAACGGAGUGGCUGGAAGAAGGAAGAGAAUUUGAAUGCAAGCAAGUGAAGACUUAUGUUGUUGUUGUUGAUCCGAAUUGGAAGCUUUUUUGGUGACGAAGAGUGGCGCCGUCUAUUGAUCUCCGUUGCUUCCUCUCCCCUCCCCUCUUUGCUGGUGGUAUGUAGAAAGAGAGAAAAAAGUAGAGAGAGUUGAAACUAUUCUUUUGUUGCCUGGUUUGGUCUGGUCUGGUUGGUGGGUUGACUUAAAUUGAAUAUACCUUCUUGUGGGAAGGAAGAAGCUCCCUCCCUCCUUGUGUGUCUGUGUUAGUAGAAGAAGUGCCUGCCUGCGUCGUCGAUGAAUCUUUCUUUCAUGUGGGAUGGGAUGGGAUGGGAAGAAAGAAGAAAGGGAACCCAAUGAUGCGAUCCUCGUAUACAUACAUGCAUACAUAAUGUGUUAUACAUGACUCAGUAGAGUUUGAAUGAAUGUUUAAGGGAAAUGAAUGGUGUCUGGAAA